AUGCGCGCUGAAGUGGCGGCCCGAAACCUAGGGAAGGGGCUGACAGGAUCCAACGUGGAGGUGUGGCGGCCAUUCGGCGGAGUGAAGCGGGCGGACGGCCUAGAAAGCUCACAUAACCGGGAGAGCCUGGCUUACUGGAGAGGGCAGAAGGAAUGGAGCCUGUGCAUAGCGCACGUGUUAGCUGAGGAAGUCCUGGAAGUUCGGAGCAGGCAGCGCGUCCACCAGGUGACCAGCAAUGGCAGCAUCGGGAGGGACCUGCCAGCGGAGACCCAGCCCCAGAACCCACCCCAGCCAGCACCCAACGCCUGGCAGGUCAUCAAAGGUGUCCUGUUCAGGAUCUUCAUCAUCUGGGCCAUCAGCAGCUGGUUCCGCCGAGGGCAGGCCCCUCAGGACCAAGUGGGCCCCGGAGGAGCCCCGCGCGUCGCCAGCCGCAACCUGUUCCCCAAAGACACUUUAAUGAACCUGCACGUGUACAUCUCAGAGCACGAGCACUUUACAGACUUCAACGCCACGUCAGCACUCUUCUGGGAGCAGCACGACCUUGUGUACGGCGACUGGACUAGCGGCGAGAACUCAGAUGGCUGCUAUGAGCACUUUGCUGAGCUCGACAUUCCACAGAGCGUUCAGCAGAAUGGCUCCAUCUACAUCCACGUCUACUUCACCAAGAGUGGCUUCCACCCAGACCCCCGGCAGAAGGCCCUGUACCGCCGGCUCGCCACGGUCCACAUGUCUCGGAUGAUCAACAAAUACAAGCGCCGGCGGUUUCAGAAAACCAAGAACCUGUUGACAGGAGAGACAGAAGCCGAUCCAGAAAUGAUCAAGAGGGCCGAGGACUAUGGGCCUGUAGAAGUGAUCUCCCACUGGCACCCCAACAUCACCAUCAACAUUGUGGACGACCACACACCGUGGGUGAAGGGCAGCGUGCCUCCGCCCCUGGACCAGUACGUGAAAUUCGACGCCGUGAGCGGUGACUACUACCCCAUCAUCUACUUCAACGAUUACUGGAACCUGCAGAAGGACUACUACCCCAUCAACGAGAGCCUGGCCAGCCUGCCGCUCCGCGUCUCCUUCUGCCCCCUCUCUCUCUGGCGCUGGCAGCUCUACGCCGCCCAGAGCACCAAGUCGCCCUGGAACUUCCUGGGUGAUGAGCUGUACGAGCAGUCAGACGAGGAGCAGGACUCGGUGAAGGUUGCCCUCCUAGAGACCAACCCCUACCUGCUGGCUCUCACCAUCAUCGUGUCCAUCGUCCACAGUGUCUUUGAGUUCCUGGCCUUCAAGAACGAUAUCCAGUUCUGGAACAGCCGGCAGUCCCUGGAGGGCCUGUCCGUGCGCUCCGUCUUCUUUGGAGUUUUCCAGUCUUUCGUGGUCCUCCUCUAUAUCCUGGACAAUGAGACCAACUUCGUGGUCCAGGUCAGCGUCUUCAUCGGGGUCCUCAUUGACCUCUGGAAGAUCACCAAGGUCAUGGAUGUCCGGCUGGACCGGGAGCACAAGGUGGCAGGACUCUUCCCCCGCCCCACCUUCAAAGACAAGUCCACGUACAUCGAGUCCUCGACGAAAGUGUACGAUGAUAUGGCAUUUCGGUACCUGUCGUGGAUCCUCUUCCCACUCCUGGGCUGCUACGCGGUCUACAGCCUUCUGUACCUGGAGCACAAGGGGAGCCUCGAAGGGAAGCCUGGCCGGGUCUGGGGUCAGGGAGGCUUCCUGGAGGAUGCCCCGUCCUCUGCUCACGGGUGUCCCCUUACCACCACCAUAGGCUUUAUCACCAUGACACCCCAGCUCUUCAUCAACUACAAGCUCAAGUCGGUGGCCCACCUGCCCUGGCGCAUGCUCACCUACAAGGCCCUCAACACCUUCAUCGAUGACCUGUUCGCCUUUGUGAUCAAGAUGCCUGUUAUGUACCGGAUCGGCUGCCUGCGGGACGAUGUGGUCUUCUUCAUCUACCUCUACCAACGGUGGAUCUACCGCGUCGACCCCACACGGGUGAAUGAGUUUGGCAUGAGUGGUGAGGCACCGACAGCAACUGCCCCCACGGCCGAGGCCCCAACAGCCACAGGGGCCCUCUCAUCCCCACCCACUCCUGACCCUGCCACAAUCACCACCGCCGCCGGGGAGGAGGCCUCUACGCCCAUGCCUGCCAAGCCCACCCAGGGGGCCAGCUCCACCACCGAGCCCCAGGAAGUCCCUCUAAAACCGGCAGAGGACAAGAAAAGGGAUUAACUGUUCCUGGUCAUCGUCGCCUGCUCCGGCUCCUGGUGACACCGCCCCUGCCGACCCAGGCCCCUUGCCUCCCCUCCCCAUUGCCCUUUCCCUGGACAGAUUGGGCCGGGGCAGCAGGAGACCCCUUUUGGGCCGGGGCCCAGUGCAUGGUGUGGGGGCUGGGGCAGGCCAGGGCACGUGGUUUGUGGAGGCGCCGUCUGUCUGUCUGUUCCUGUGUUUUAGCCAUCUUGCCCCACCAGCCCAGCACCAUUGGGAAUCAUGGUGAAGCCGAUGCGGCACUGCUGAGGGGGUGGGCCAGGCAGGGGAGAGGCCAGGGCCCCUCUGUGGGGUGCCCACGGCCGUCCAUCAUCUUGUCCCUCGUCCCCUGACCAGCCCCUCCUCCCAGACCGCCACCCUUUAACACAGUCUGAAUUUAAUAAAUUCAUGUGGGUGUUUAACUUAAACUCAA